AAAAGCAUGUCGAGAAACAUCAUUCUCUUUGUUUUUGUUUUAACAAUCUCUGGCCCGGUGCUUGCUGACUGUGUGCACCCACACUAUAGCUUUAGAUGCCUCGAAAGUGGAAGAAUAUAUGUAUUUGGAAUUCAUGAUGGCAGCAUAGUGACUUAUAUAGAUGGUACUUGCAAGGACCGAACUACUUCACCAGAACGAGGAAUAAUAAAUAUCCCAUAUAAUUGCACUAAUGCAACUGAUGAGAAGGCAUAUGAAAUAUCAAUAAGCGUAAAAGACCCUGUGUUUGGUGAAUAUACUAAAAGCAGUACAACUACUAAAACAACCACAUCAGUCAGUCCACAAAGUACCGAACAAAUACAGAGUACUGAUUCGGAGACCACGGAAGAAACUACCACAGAGGCCGUAGAAAUAAUUGGGGGACACAAAGAGCAUAAAUUUGUCAUCAAAUGUCUCAACAUACCAAGCAGUGGUGUUAAUAAAACUGUUGCACAUGUUUUUCAGGGAGGACCUCACAAAUUGCCAGAAAACCAAAAAGAAGUUUUUCCUGUCGAAAUGCACUUCAAAGCUACCAAAAACAUAGACGCUCCUGAUAUAAGCGAAAUUUAUAUUGGAGAUGAAUUCUUUAUGUUUCUUAAAUACACUGGAGCCUCUCACUAUGCUGUUAUACCAAAAUCUUGUACAGCAUAUGCAGGGACAGUGGUGCCUGUAGAUGAAAAGCUGGAUAGUAAGAAACGCGUCAAUUUGUGGGAUGAAAAUAGAGUAAGAACCUUAUGA